AUGUCAUCUUCAACAGCAUCAGCAUCGUCAGCGGGGCCUGUCCACAUCUGCAGAGCGGCUGACGUGGGCCAAGGAAGCACAGGGCAGACGAAUGGCAUGACUCGCAAGUCAGCCAUCGUAGGAAAGUCAAACAACGUCUGCGGCACCCUGAUGCUCAGCGAGCCACAUAGCGGAUCAGACAUCCACCAUCAUGGUCACUCCGAUACCAUCGUCUACUCGGUACGUGGUCACGGCUCCAUCAUCUACGGACCCAACGAGGCAGAGCAGCGUCACGACCUCAAGCCAGGAGACUGGGCGCUGAUUCCAGCCUGGGCAGAGCACAAGGAAGUCAACGAUGGAGACGAGGAGGUCGAGUGGGUCAUUGUAAGAGCAGGCGCGGGCGAGCCCAUCGUCGUCAAUCUGCCAGGCGGAUGGGGAAGCUCCAAGAGUCAAGAGUCGUCGUAA